AUGAGUUAUCCAUAUUCUUUACCUACAACUGGGUCACUAUCUUUUGUAGACUAUUUAGAGGCAGCUGGCCCCUAUACAUCCGAGAUUUCAGAUGCAACAGCUCAAAGAGGUCGAUUGAGAACUGUGCUCAAAGAGCUGAAGAAGGAGACACAUUCCACGCGCGACUAUCAAAUCAUCAUCAAUACCAUAGAAGAAUAUUUACCAUACUUGGUAAGUAUUGUAAACUGCAUCGAAGCGAAAGAGCUCAUCUUAAAAAAAAGCAUAGAAACCUCUUGGCGUUCGACCUUAAGUGACCAUAUAAUUCACACUGGUAGCAAUGCACCCAGAAUCGCAUGCAACGAUAUUCAAUACGAGCUCAUCUUUGUGCUGAUGACAUACGCCUACGCUUGUACGUUGCAAACGAACGAUCUGCUGAAAGAGUCUUCUACAAACGCCAAUAUUUUCAACAAGGCAGCUGACACACUCAACACGGCCGCUGGUCUCUUUGCAUUCGUCGCGAAUGAUGUGAUACCUACUUGGCAACAGUCGCCUGACAAUCGCCCUGUUGAGACUGUCCGAGAGUUCCCAGUUGCACUUUCAAAGAUGGCUUUGGCAGAUGCUCAGGCAAUUGCAAUCAAUAAAGCUCUGGUCACUAGCAAUAUUUCGAAAUCAUUGAUUGCAAAGCUGUACAUGGGUGUUGCUGGGCAAUACGAGAUGGCUUAUGGCUUGAUUUCUUCUAUCAGCGGUACACAAGAUGUGUCUACAGACUUGAAAAAGUACCUGUCAGACGGCACUUUGUUCUACAAAGCCAUGGCAAAGAAGUAUUUGGCCAUGGAUGCAAAUGACAAUCAAAAAAUGGGACAGGCCGUAGGAUUUGCUCGAGACUGUAAAGCUGAUUUGAAAUCCAUUCAACAUUCGAGUUUGUCAAAGGCACACAUUCGUAAAUCAGCCAUUGCAGCUAGAGCAGCCAAAGAAGAGGAGAUUGUAGUGGAGUUGCUUCAGAAAUACACAAUGAUCAACGAUACCGUAUCAUACGAACUUGUACCAUCCCGACAAGAGUUACAGAAAUUGAUACCUGGUGGAAGAGGAGUCUUGGAGCUGAAAUCAUACAGUUUGCCUAGUCCUGUAUUUGGCCCUACGAUCCAAAAGGGUGAAAAGUCUUAUUUGCUGGAGGGUCGAUACUUUUAA